UUUCUCCUAUAUUCGCGCGUUUACUUCCAUAUCGUUUUACACAAAUUUUGUACUGCUGCAACAAAAACUUUUGUUAAAAUUGGAAUUAAAAAGUCAAAACUACGUUCUAAUAGCUAUAAUAAGGAAAAGAAGACCAACUACCGGAACUUGAAGUUUAGAACAAACAAAAUGUGUGACGAAGAAGUUGCUGCCUUGGUUGUUGACAAUGGUUCCGGUAUGUGCAAAGCUGGUUUCGCCGGUGAUGACGCACCCCGCGCUGUCUUCCCAUCAAUUGUGGGUCGCCCACGUCAUCAAGGUGUGAUGGUUGGUAUGGGUCAAAAGGAUUCAUAUGUCGGUGAUGAAGCACAGAGCAAACGUGGUAUCUUAACCCUGAAAUACCCAAUUGAGCACGGUAUUGUGACCAACUGGGAUGAUAUGGAGAAAAUCUGGCAUCACACAUUCUACAAUGAAUUGCGUGUCGCCCCCGAGGAACACCCUGUUUUGUUGACCGAAGCACCUUUGAAUCCAAAAGCUAAUCGCGAGAAGAUGACUCAGAUCAUGUUCGAAACUUUCAACACACCCGCCAUGUAUGUGGCCAUUCAGGCUGUAUUAUCACUGUACGCUUCUGGUCGUACCACUGGUAUUGUGCUGGAUUCUGGUGAUGGUGUAUCCCACACAGUGCCCAUCUAUGAAGGUUAUGCCCUGCCACACGCCAUCCUCCGUUUGGACUUGGCUGGUCGCGAUUUGACCGACUACCUAAUGAAGAUCUUGACUGAACGUGGUUACUCAUUCACCACCACUGCCGAGCGUGAAAUCGUUCGUGACAUUAAGGAGAAAUUGUGCUAUGUUGCCCUUGACUUCGAACAAGAGAUGGCAACCGCUGCAUCCAGCUCAUCGUUGGAGAAGUCAUAUGAAUUGCCUGAUGGUCAAGUGAUCACCAUCGGUAAUGAACGUUUCCGCUGCCCAGAAGCCCUCUUCCAGCCAUCAUUCUUGGGUAUGGAAGCCUCCGGCAUCCACGAAACCACAUACAACUCCAUCAUGAAGUGUGAUGUGGAUAUCCGUAAGGAUCUGUAUGCCAACACUGUCUUGUCUGGUGGUACCACAAUGUACCCAGGUAUUGCUGACCGUAUGCAGAAGGAAAUCACAGCUUUGGCUCCAUCAACAAUGAAAAUCAAGAUCAUUGCACCACCAGAACGCAAAUACUCCGUAUGGAUCGGUGGUUCUAUCCUUGCUUCUUUGUCUACCUUCCAACAGAUGUGGAUCUCGAAACAAGAAUACGACGAAUCUGGCCCAUCAAUUGUGCACAGGAAAUGCUUCUAAAUUGGUUAAUGGUAUUGCACAUUAUUUAACCAACCAAAAUUCUAGAAUUUUAAAAUAUUUUUUUUUUAAGUUUUCAUUCAAAUGUAUUAUUUUCUAAUUAUUUAAAAUGUUACAAAAACUUGAGAGGAAAGAAUAAGAUUGGCAAACUCCUCUUAUCAUCCAUUCGUCUUUGGACGAGUGGGAUAUGAGGAGAAUAUUAUAGAACCAAAAAGCUGAAAUGUCGAUUUUUUUCUUUAUUUGGAAAUUUUCUAAAUUCACAAAUUGAAAACAAUCAAAAAAAUACCAUUACAGUUCCAUAUGAAGUUAGAGAGAUACAUCUUCAUUAAUGCAUAUAACACAUCUCACAAAAUGCUCCCAUUACAAAUAUGUAUUCAUGUGCACCAUAAGCAUAAAAAGACGUUUUGUGUUCUAAUUCAUAAAAAUCAAGUUAGUGCUCAAAAAGAAGCUUUCAAAUUUGCUUACUUAUGUUAGCAAAAAAAAAA